GGCUGCGCCCUCGAGGGCUCGUGCUCUGAGGGGGAUAAGGGGCGAUGAGGGGGCCAUUGGGGGGGUUUGAAGGAGACAUGGCGUGGCCUUUGAACGCCCCGUUGCCCGCUGGGGUCGGUCAACUGACACAGUGUGCAGGACUGAACUCUUCAAGUUCCAGUAACGUUGGAGCAAUGGAAGAGCGUUGCUUCGGCCCAGCUAUAGUUGGGGAGCAGCGGCCCGGCCAGGAGUCAGCCCCGUGGGUCCUGAACCAGUUUUCUGUCUCUAACCAGUCUUACCAGAGGCUGGGACGGUGGAUGCAGGACGUGACCGGAGAUCAGGGUGUGUUGAAGGAGAUUAUCCGUGAGGGGGCUGGAGAACUGGUACCCCCGGAUGCUUCGGUUUCAGUAAAAUACGCUGGCUACCUGGAGCACAUGGAUCAGCCCUUUGACACCAACUGGUAUAGGAAGCUCCCUCGGCUGAUGAAGCUCGGAGAAGAGAUCACGCUGGGAGGCAUGGAGGUGGCCCUUCUGACCAUGCGGAAGGGAGAGCUGGCCCGUUUCCUCUUCAAACCGGCCUACGCCUAUGGCCGCCUGGGCUGCCCACCCCUCAUCCCCGCCGACGCCACCGUCCUGUUCGAGAUGGAGCUGCUCGACUUCCUGGACUCAGCGGAGGCGGACAAGUUCUUCGCCCUGCCCGUCGAGCAGCAGGACCAGUUCCCACUCCAGCAGGUGCUGAAGGUGGCAGCCACCGAACGGGAGUUUGGCAACUACCUCUUCCGCCAGCAUCGCUUCCAUGAUGCCAAAGAGAGAUACAAGCGGGUAACGAGGCCAGGGAAGCUGGCUCCAGUCACAACGCUAGAACCGGAGGUGGCCUCCGUGAUCUUGAACCGCCAGUCUGCCAGCCCCGAGGAGCAGGAACGGGUGGAGGCGGCCAAACUGCUGGUCCUCCUCAACCUGGCUUUCACUUACCUGAAACUGGAGCGGCCCGCCCGGGCCCUAGUGGUCGGAGAGCAAGCCCUGGCCAUCGACCCGAAGAACCCCAAGGCCCUGUUCCGGUGCGGGCAGGCCUGCCGCCUCAUGACCGACUAUGAGCAAGCCCGAGACUUCCUGGUCCGAGCCCAGAAGGAGCAGCCCUUAAACCACGACAUCAACAACGAACUGAAGCAACUGGCCAGCUCUUACCGGGACUACAUGGAUAAGAAGAAGGAAAUGUGCACCCGGAUAUUUGCGCCCUUAAACUCUUCCCCAGAGGGACAGAGCUAGAGGCUUCCCGCCCCAGGAACCCCGAGAUCGGUAUGUCUCUGUCUGCUUGGAGUUAGAUCCAUCGUGAAGCAGGGCCAAAGCUCCAGACGCCAUGGGGCCCAAGAAAGCCAAGAUGCCACACCGCCAUCCGCGGGGAAACGAAAGAUGGGUUUCUUGGGUCGAACAGAUGCCAACCAUGGGCUUGGAAUGCAUAGGAGGCUGCAGCAGCAAUUUUUUUUUUCCCCCGCCUCAGCCACCUUCAGGAAGGGAAGAACGCAUCUCUCUUUUCUUGGUUCCAUUUAAAUGUUCUAGAAAGAUUCUCCACCCCCAAGUCCAUGAGUCGGGCACCGUCCGUAGCCCCCACUGGAUGUGACUGGGUUGAAUGGUGUGUGCUGGUUGAGGAGUUAGUCGAAGGCCCUCGCUUAAAAAGAACAGCAGCUGAAACCCCGGAUAAUGGCCGAGAAGCUAGAGCCAGUCCGGCCCCAGAGUUCCUGCCACAGACAGGAAGUUGCCUCCAUGGAAUCGUAGGAUCAGGUGGCUGAAAUGCCCUUCUUCCCUCUUCUCCCCUGUCCCAGACAGGCCCAGAAAGAAACCGAACAGGAACCUCACCUUUUGGAAAUGAGCAAAAGCUCCAUUGCUCAGCCUUGGCAGGCAGAAUAAAGCAAUCUCUCAGCCCCCACCUGCUUUAGGUCAAUUCUUGGUUUCGCCAACCACAUUUCCUCCUGUCUUUCCACCUUCUUAAAAUAAGAGGACAGGCCUUUUGGGGGGCCCAGAAUCAAUCGGCAAAGGUCCAGCUCUAUCCCUGGUUUUUCAGGUGAAUGAGAUUUUCACCCCUGCGAGGACAUUUUCAAGAUCGAGGGCAUUAAGAGAGCUUGUGUAGGAGGGGAGAAAGGAGCCAGCUGUGAACAUGCAGAUGGUCUGGGUUCCCUCUGCUAGAGUAAUUAUAGAACACUCUGUCCCUUAAAACAUUUCGUCCAACUUGAUUUUUCCCUCCUCUCUUGCUUGCCAAUGGGUGUCUUGGUUGGAGUUGAUGGACAGCUGGUGUUCCAUCUGGGGGUAUGAGGACAAGCUCCAUGACGUCCCUCACCAGUCCACCCCCAACCUCAGACUAGUAGGCCAAGAAUUCAUGGUCUGGGCCUCUAACCCCAUUGAGUUGUGAUCCAGUGACUUGUUCCCCGGGUGAGGUGGACCGGGGAGGCAUAGAAAUGGCCCGGUACCAAAUGGUGCUUGA